UCCAGAGGUCUGCAGGUAGAGCUCUGCCACCCAGCGGCGCGGGGACGCGCACGCACACAAGAGCUGGAGACGUGCACGUCCACUGCCGUCGUUGCACAGAAGGGAGGGGGAGUGUGAGUGCGGCGUGUGUAGGAAUGUGAGAGUGGAGACUCUCGUACUAGAAGCGUCGAGCAGAAGGCCCCGUCCGUUGUGUGCUGGACGCCGUGCUGAGUGUGAGGUGAGUGCCCGGUGCCCGUACAUGGCAGGCAGUGUUCACCAUGGCUACACAAAUGGUUAGCCAGCCUAGUGGCAGCAACUUAUUCAACAGUGGCAGUUUUGGCAUGGGCGACAUGUAUGGUUUGCAUGAUCUUUCUAAAGCAGAAAUGGCAGCUCCACGGCUCAUCAUGUUGGCAAAUGUUGCUCUGACUGGAGAAGUUCCUAAUGGCUGCUGCGAUUAUUCCUUAGAUGAGGACAGGCAAAUGGCUGAAUUAAAAACUGUAUAUGAAAAUAGUUUUUCAGACAGUGAUGGGGAAAGAAUGGAGCUAGAAGAAUCAAACAUGCCAAGUGAGUCUGACUUGUUUGAUACUAUGGAUGUGGAACCCUCUGAAGCCCAAAAAGAGAAAGUGUGUGACCAACCAGCCACCACCACAGAAACUAGGUUGGAAGUGGAACCAGAAAAAAAAAGUGAGACCCCUCCUUCCCGAACUGAAGAGAAAACAAAAUGUGUAAAAAGCAAGCCUUUUAGGUGCAGGCCAUGCCAGUAUAAAGCCGAAUCUGAGGAAGAGUUUGUUCAUCAUAUAAAGGACCAUAGCGCCAAGAGGUUCAUUGAUCAUGAUUCCAACAAAAAUGCGCAAGAUUCAGGCUCUUCUUCGCCAGAGGAAGUGGACUUCUCAAAAGGACCUAUCAGAUGCGAUAGAUGUGGCUAUAACACCAACCGAUUUGAUCACUAUUUGGCCCACUUAAAGCACCACAACAAAGCUUCUGACAAUGAGAGGGUUUACAAGUGCACCAUAUGUACCUAUACCACAGUAAGCGAGUACCACUGGAAGAAACAUCUUCGAAAUCAUUUCCCAAGGAUUGUUUAUACAUGCUCACAGUGCUCUUAUUUUUCUGAUCGCAAAAAUAACUAUAUUCAACAUAUAAGAACACACACAGGUGAACGACCCUAUCAGUGUGUUAUGUGUCCGUAUUCAAGCUCACAGAAAACUCAUUUGACCAGACACAUGCGGACUCACUCAGGUGAAAAGCCUUUUAAAUGUGAGCAGUGCAGUUAUGUUGCAUCUAACCAACAUGAAGUGACACGACAUGCCAGGCAAGUCCACAAUGGACCAAAACCUUUAACAUGUCCUCACUGUAACUAUAAAACUGCUGACCGCAGCAACUUUAAGAAACACGUUGAGUUGCAUGUUAAUCCAAGACAAUUCCUGUGCCCGGUCUGUGAUUAUGCUGCAUCAAAGAAAUGUAACUUGCAGUAUCACAUCAAAUCCAGACACUCUGGCUGUGCUGACAUCACAAUGGAUGUUUCCAAAGUCAAACUGAGGACAAAAAAAGGAGAUGCAGGAGGUUCAGAUGUCAAUUCAAAUAAAAGAGAAGCAAAAGAAAGCUCUGCUCCUAAAAAUGAGCCUCCGGAAAAGAAAUCUGAAUUAAAACCCAAAGUGGACAAGGAAAAAUGUGCAAAGGUUAAGCAAGCUGCCACUCCUCCUGUUGGUCAGAUCACCACACGGAGCCACAAGCCUCCUUCCUCUAAGACAGAAGAAGAUGCAAACCCUGAUAAAGGUAAAUGUGCAAAGAGAAAGUCAAGUGUGCUAUCUGAAAAGCCACUUAAAAAGAAUGACACACAAAUUACAAAUGUAAAGAAAAGGAGGUUGGCACAGAAACGUAAGCAUACCCAGGAUGUCCGUAGAAAAGUAAGCAAAGCUGGUAAAACUGAGAAACGAAAAGCUGCCAUGAAAAAAGCUAAUCACAAGAAACCUUUAAAAAAUAAAACCAAGAAAAUGAUAUCACAUAAAACUGCUAUUUCAAAAAAUAAAUCUAAAAAGUCAACAACGAAUAAGGAUGCUGAGACUAAAAAGUCCAAGAGCCCUAUAGACGACAGGGUCGCAGACGACACGGUCGCAGACGACACGGUCGCAGACAAGGUCGCAGACGACACAAUUUCAGACGACACAAUUUCAGACGACACGGUCGCAGGCGACACGGUCGCAGGCGACACGGUCGCAGGCGACACAAUUUCAGACGACACAAUUUCAGACGACACAAUUUCAGACGACACGGUCGCAGGCGACACGAUCGCAGGCGACACGAUCGCAGGCGACAAGAUCACAGACGACAAGAUCACAGAUGAACCACUGGCAGAACAAAAUCCUGAAUCAUCAACAGAGCCUAUGCAGGAGGAAGGGACAUCACUUGCCCCAAUAGAUGGCAGUGACCUGGGUGCAGAAAAUAAAGUAGAAGAAAGUACAGUUAGUGAUGUACCUAUACCUGACCCCAAUAAUGAUCUCUGUUCAUCUACCAGCGAAAUUACCCCAGAGUCUGAUCAGUUGCUCUUGGAGAAGGACUCCGACAUAAAUAAAGAUAGUGAUCCUGACCGUAACUCAGUAACAAGCCCACUUCCUGUUGAACCAGUUUUGGAGUCUCCAAUCACACUUGAUACACAGCUCUUAACCAUUACACCUCCAGCAGAAGCACCUGAGUCCAUUCCUGAAGUAGCCUGUAGCCAUGAGGUGAGUGGCUUGCACUGCAGUGACUCUCCAAGUGAGGAAUCUGUAAAUGAGUCUACAUCGAACAAUAGUAGUCAGGAAGAGAGUGGAGGAUUAAGGGAAACAAACCCAAGUGACACAGAACAAUGUCUCUCUACAACAAUCACACAAAAUAUAAAUGAUUGUGACCCAAAAGAAAGUGUGCAUACUCCAUGUGAGGCUACCAGUCAUGAACCUGUGGACAUUGAGGAGGACGAAGGAAUCCAUAGCCAUGAAGGCAGCGAUAUUAGUGACAAUGUUUCAGAAAGGAGUGAUGACUCUGGCUUAAAUGGCUUACAGUCCCCUCAAGAGACCCUAGAAUCCCAGCCUCUUCUUGAAGUGCCUUCUGUGUCCACCAGUGUCUCUAAUGAAAGCUUUGUGUGCAUUUUUUGUGAUCGUGUGUUCAAGAAAGCAGAAGAAUAUACAAAGCAUCUGAAGCGCCAUUUGGUCAAUGUUUAUUACCUUGAGAAAGCAGCCCAAAAUCAAUUGUAAGUUAAGAGAUACAAGUGGACUCGUUGCAUAAACCUAUAUUUAAUUAUUGAGUUCUUCCAAAAUGUUACAACGUUCUGCAGGACAGCUAACAAAGCACAUAGUAUUUUCUUCUGGUGAAAGACUUUUUCCAAUUAACAAAUUUGUUUACUAUAUGGAUUUAAAUGUUAUCCAUAAAUGUUUUUUCACAGAGUAAGGCCUGUUAUCCCAAGCUGAGCUUUUUAUGUAUAUAUCUAGCGAUACAAUAGAAUCAUUAAUGCCUAAAUUGUUUGAUCAGGCUUCACAGAGGGGAAAAUGUUGUUUUUCUCAUUUCUUGGUUUUGUUUACUACAUGAAAUGAGAUACAGUAAGGGACCAUUCACUCUAUGCAUUUUCCAAGCAGCGUUCUGCUCAUAAAUUACAAUGCAGCAGCCUCUCACACAAUGGUUCUGCAGUAGAAAUUCCAGAUCCCAGAAUUCGCUGAAAGAACGAACAUGUUCAUUCUUUUGGCGGAAUCCACUCUGAAAUGCAUUGCCUCCCUGCACCCGCUACAGAUGGACUCUCCUCCCAGAAUAUCUCUGUGCAAAGGUUCUGUAGUGUAAAUGAGCCCUAACUGUUAGGUGGGUGGGGGGUAUUUUCAAUAAAUAAUUGCAACAGAAUUUCCAAAACAAAUUAUAUACAAAUAUACUAUGAAAUAAGGGCUUUUUUAUUUUUUUGUCCCUUCUGUGACUGGCUCAUUCAUGUGUAUCUGGUGUGCAGGCGAAGUAUGUGAACAAGCCUUUAUUGAAACGCACAUGGCAGCAGUGAAUACAUUAACAAUUAUGUGAAUCACAAGCACUAUUGGUCAGAGAUUCCCUGGCAAUUGCGGGCUGUAUAUGAACGUAGCAGUGUUUUAAAGUUCAGAUUAAGAUCAAGAUCACAAGUACUAGUUGCGGCCAUUAGCACUGCAUGUGACUGUACUCUUGUUUGUUCUGAAUUAUUAAUGAAAGGGGCUAUAUACAAAUGGUGUAGUGAGCAAGACAACAGUGUUGGUUACACAAUGUAAUAGGACUUGCUUGUUGGUCCUGUUCAAAGGCUCAUACGGGGAGAUUUAUCAAAACCAGUGGACAGGCAAAGUUGCCCAUAGCAACCAAUCAGAUUGCUUCUUUCAUUUUCCACAGGCCUUGUUAAGAAUGAAAGAAGCGAUCUGAUUGGUUGCUAUGGGCCACUCUGCCUGUCCACUGGUUUUGAUAAAUCUCCCCCAUAGUGUAUAGGUUGGUUACCAAAUGUCUUGACUGAAAUCACCUGCAGUUUUUAGGUUUACAUAGCAUUGUAAGACAUGUAAUUUAAAGCAUGAUCAUCAGGUUUGCUUCCUCAACAAUAAGGGCUCGUUCACUCUCUGGAUAUUCAGCCUGUGGAAUUCCAUCGGCUCAUUAUCUGCUUGCAGCAGAUGCUGCCAAAUUAAUUGGUGGUUAGAAUGCGCAGACCUGCACCGUCUCAUUGGCAGCAAUGCAGUCCGGUGGAAUUCCGUCCAAAGCAUGAAAAGGUUCAUUCCACCAACGGAUUUCCACAAUAUCUCCAGGAGGAAAUUCUGCAGUGCGGCUGCGCCCUAACAAUUCUGCAAGAAAAUGUGUUCUUGCCAACUGCAGAAUGCAAGCAUCCUUAAAGGGGUACUCCAACCUAGACAUCUUAUCCCCUAUCCAAAGGAUAGGGGAUAUGAUGUCUGAUCUCUGCUGUGGCACUCCAGACAUCCGGUGCAUGGAGCGAACGUGCUGUAUGUCUGGCGAUGCGGGGAGGAGGCUUGUGACAUCAUGGUCAUGCUCUGAUUGUGAGAUCACGGCCAUGCCCGCUCAAUGCGAGUCUAUGGGAGGGGGCGUGAUGGUCAUCAUCCCCCCCUCCCAUAGACUUGCAUUGAGGUGGUGUGGCUGUGACAUCACAAGCGGGGCACGGCCGUAACGUCACAAGCCUCCAGCGCUGAACCCAACGUUCUAAAUAAACGCCGGGUGCAGCAUGAAGACUGCGAAUAAGGGAUAAGAUGUCUAGGAGCGGAGUACCCCUUUAACAUUGUAUUGUUUCUGGAGAUCUACAAGCAGUGUUAAUAGCCCCAGUAAUUUUUUUUUUAGUUCAUUACACAUGGCAUAAAUAUUGACCUCUGUCCAUUAGCCCAGAUCUCUGAUGAAGUUCUACAGAGCAAAACAUGUCAGAGAGGCUAGUUGUUCUGGAAUUUUAAAUGUAAUUAUUGCCUGAGGGUUGCUGGUGAACUGCAGACACCAGUUUGUUUAUUCCUUACACUGUGUGGCACCACGAUGGAUACACAGGCCCUGAUUUGCUAACAUGAUCCUGACUCUUUUUAUCGGGUUAUGCGACACAAUUUGUGUCGCACGUCUUCUGCGAGACUUGUGUGACACAUUUUUAAUGGUAAAAAUCCAACGGUUUUCAAAUUACCCGGAGUAUUUUUAUUUUUUUUCUUAACCCAAAUAAAGGGGUGUGAUUUGCAUAAUUAGGGGCAUUUUCCUGACAGUUGUAUUUAAAAACCCACCAGAAAAAUUGUGAAUUACUGAACUUGAAAACCCGACUGCCUUGAGGUGUGGGGAAUCUGUUUAAAAAGUGAGGGUCUUUUGCAAAUCCUGUUACUUUGUCCCCUUAGUAGCUUUUUAUAUUACAUUUUUUUUAUAAAAAAAAAUAUAUAUUUUCAUUUCUUUUUUUUUUCCUUUUACUUUUUGUUUGUUAACCCAUUAACGACCAUGAAUGUGAAGUGACGUCCUAGUACAGAGUUACUUCGCUUUAUUUAUUUGCUUAACGCUUUAUUUUUCCCGUGUGACAGAAUUUAAUAUAGUGCAACAGAAUUUUCCCGAGACAUGUGCGACACAUUGAUAAAUGUGUGAGAAAAAAGUUGGGGGGGAAAAAAACUCUGCAAAUAACCAGACACUCUUAGUAAAUCAGGGCCACAGUGUACUGUCUACAUCAUAAGGUGUUAUUAAACUAGUUUAUACUUCCUUUUUUUACCUCUGGCAAUAUUGGUGUUUUUACCUUUUCCUUUCCUAUAAUUCUUAGAUAAUAGGAAUAAACCCGAUGUUUUAGUUGGCGUUUAUAGGUGGGGUUCUGUCCAUUUGUUUAGUGUUAACAUUUUCUGCAGAGUAAUGGUUAGUUGGCAUAAGACUGGAGGUAUAGAUUGCUUUAGUUUUUAUUUUAUUUUUUUCUCUUUUAUGCAUUUAUUAUGUAUACAUCUUUAGAGCUUGGAUUUGUUGGAAUGAACUAAUACUGAAUAUAGAGUUUGUUGCAGUCAUAUUUAUGUAACUUUUUUGAGGUUGCAAUGAGCAUCCUGACCCUGACUAAGGUUACUGCAUUUGUCAUAGCUUAAUUUAGGACUCUUCAUUAUAAUGCUUUAAGGGUAUAUGAUGUUGCACAUUACGGUUUAACUUUAACUAUGCAGUUUGUACAGUUUUUUAUUUUUUUUUUAGUCGUUAUAUGUUUAGCUCACUGAGGCCAAAGUCUUUUUAUUCCGUUUACCCUUUCCUGCCAUGUAUAUUUAAAAUGUAGCUGAGCAUUCUUCUCUUUCACAGCAGAGGGCACUCACUGUAAGGGCUCAUUCACAUUGGCGAAUUUGAUUGGGAAUUUGCAGCGUGGGGGGGAAGGGGGGGGGGUGCGUCUUACCCACGGAAAAUUUUUGGCAGCAUACGUUUUGCUGCAGAAAGUCUGCAGUAAACCCCAUUGAAGUCAAUGGGGUCGGAGGUGGAUUAUCAGCAGCAGAAAUUCCGCUGCCAAAAUCCACCUUCUAACUCGCAUCAGUAAAUGUGUGAACGAGCCCCAAAACAUAAUUUUAAGGUAUGUUCAGAUGCUGAAGAGUUUUUGCAGGUUUGUUGCUGACUUUCCCAACUAACUUCAGUAGUAAAGACAACAUGUGCAGCCCUAAAAGAAAUGUAGUACCGUAUAUACUCGAGUAUAAGCCGACCCGAGUAUAAGCCGAGGCCCCUAAUUUCAACCCAAAAUCCCAGGAAAAGUUAUUGACUCGAGUAUAAGCCUAGGGUGGGAAAUACAUCAUCCCCCCCCCCUGUCAUCAUCCAGACCCCCGUCAUUAACAUCCUCAUCAUCAUCACCGCCUGUCAUCAUCCCCUUGUCAUCAUCCCACACCCCCCCUUCAUCAUCCCUUGUCAUCAUCCCACACCCCCCCUUCAUCAUCCCUUUGUCAUCAUCCCCACCCCCCUUCAUCAUCCCCUUGUAAUCAUCCCACACCCCCCCUUCAUCAUCCCCUUGUAAUCAUCCCACACCCCCCCUUCAUCAUCCUCUUGUCAUCAU